AUGUCCAAAACUAAAAUCAAAGACGAGUAUAUGGAUCAGCCUUGUCGUUUAGUGGAUCGUCGGCAGAGAGCGUAUCGGAAUUUAGAUACAAGUCAAGCAGCUGGAGAAUGGGUCGAGGAAAGUCAAUACAAUAGAAAUGGAAAAAAGAAAGUGCUGGUUGGAAAUUGGCAAGAGGAACAAGUGAUCGAAAAGGAGGUUCCGACAAGGGAGAGAACAGGGCCACCUCAUCUCUCGUCGGAAAGUGAUGCCUCUUUUAAAAAACCCAAAUGUACUGCUACUGUUGCACCUGGAAUUGAUGGUAAAUUAAGGACAGUGUUUGCUGAUUGGCAACAACCAAAAUCAAAACAAUUACCCCCUUCGACUUUACUGAUUAAGGGAGAUGAUACAGAUUUUCAAAAAUCGUUGAAAUCCAAGAAGUUUGAGGCUCCCCAGUACCAAGAGAAGACGACAUCGUUGGUCGAAGAAAGAAAGCAGAAGAAGCAAAAUUAUUAG